ACCCCCCAAAAUCGCAAUGCCAUCUUCAGCUGGGUACCGGUUGUGACCCAUUUAUUUCAGCAAGGUUCACCGUUUUCUUUUUCUUUUUGCCAAUUUGUUUUCUUUUCUGAGCAUUGUCACUCUCUCAUGUAGUCGUCGAGAAAGAUCGGAAAUCCUGAAGCCAAAACCCUUAAAAUGUUUCCGCAAUUCGGUGCCACGGCGGAGACUCUGAGCAAGGCAUCCACAAUGGUGUUUCGGAUCGGUACGGACGCCCACCUCUACGACGAUCCUGAUGACGUCAACAUCGCUCCGCUUCUUGACAGCAAGUUCGAUUCCGAGAAGUGCGAAGCUCUCAAACGCUUGCUCGCUCUCAUUGCUCAGGGAUGCGACGUCUCCAAUUUCUUCCCUCAGGUUGUUAAGAACGUGGCUUCACAAUCUUUGGAAGUAAAGAAGCUGGCUUACUUAUACCUGUUGCAUUAUGCUGAAAAGCGUCCGAAUGAAGCAUUGCUAUCAAUUAAUUGUUUUCAGAAGGACUUAGGGGAUACAAACCCUUUAGUGAGGGCAUGGGCGCUCCGUACAAUGGCGGGAAUCCGAUUACAUGUUAUUGCACCUAUUGUUUUGGUUGCUGUUGGAAAAUGUGCUAGAGACCCGUCUGUGUUUGUCCGGAAAUGUGCAGCAAAUGCUCUUCCCAAGCUGCAUGAUUUGCGCCAAGAGGAAAACACAGAAACCAUUGAAGAGAUUGUCGGAAUAUUGUUAAAUGAUCAUUCACCUGCUGUUGUUGGAGCUGCUGCUGCAGCAUUUGCUUCUGUUUGUCCAAAUAAUCUGUUCAUGAUUGGAAGAAAUUAUCAAAGAUUGUGCGAGAUUCUUCCUGAUGUUGAAGAAUGGGGUCAAAUAAUUUUAACUGGUGUUCUUUUGCGCUAUGUAAUUGCAAGGCAUGGGCUUGUAGAAGGAUCAAUUAUGUGUUCUUUGCACUGUAAAGAGAACAGUCAAUCUCAAAAGGAUGGCUUAGAGUCUAACCCCAAAUUUACUUUCCUAGAAGACAAUGGUGACUUGGGUUUGUAUUACGAGUCUGAAAUUGCACAUAUGGUCUCUCAAUGCUAUAUUGAAGGACCAGAUGAAUAUUUGUCUCGAUCAAGUUUAUUGAAUAAAGGUUCUUAUGAAUCUAAAUCAGAAUGUUUCCACUCUGGUGAAAGUAAUGAAGAUGUGAAGAUCCUGCUGCAGUGUACAUCUCCAUUGUUAUGGAGUAAUAAUAGUGCCGUGGUGUUAGCAGCUGCUGGUGUGCACUGGAUUAUGGCGCCAAUGAAGGAUGUUAAAAGGAUUGUUAAACCUCUCUUAUUUGUCCUAAGAUCAUCUACUGCCUCAAAAUAUGUGGUCCUCAACAACAUUCAAGUGUUUGCCAAAGCAAUGCCUUCUCUCUUUGCUCCACACUAUGAAGACUUAUACAUAUGCUCUUCAGAUUCAUAUCAUAUUAAAACUUUGAAGCUGGAGAUUUUGGCUUCUAUUGCUACAGAUUCAUCAAUCAUGUCCAUUUUAAAAGAGUUUCAGGAUUAUGUUAGAGAUCCAGACAGGAGAUUUGCUGCUGAUACUGUUGCUGCAAUUGGUAUAUGUGUACAACGACUUCCAAAAAUGGCAAGCACAUGCUUGGAAUGGUUAUUGGCUUUUACUAGACAGGAAUGUUUUACUACUGUCAAUGGGUCCAUGGAUGGGGAAGCGGGUGUUUUGAUUCAAGCAAUAAUGUCCAUUAAGUCGAUUAUUAGACAAGAUCCACUCAGCCAUGAAAAGGUUAUUAUCCAGUUGGUUCGUAGUUUGGAUUCAAUAAAGGUGCCUGCAGCUCGUGCAAUGAUCAUUUGGAUGGUGGGAGAGUAUGGCUCUUUAGGAGACCAAAUUCCAAGGAUGUUAACCACAGUACUUAAGUAUCUUGCACGGUGCUUCAUGUCAGAAGCAUUAGAAACAAAGCUUCAGAUCCUUAAUACUACUGUUAAGGUUCUACUGUGUGCAAAAGGAGAGGAUCUGUUGGAAUUUCAAAGAGUUUUAAGCUAUGUGCUUGAAUUGGCCAAAUAUGACUUGAACUAUGAUGUUCGUGACCGGGCUAGUUUUCUAAAGAAACUUCUGUCAUUUCAUUUGGAUUCUCAAGGUGUGGAGAGAGAGAGAAAUUAUGUACCCAAAAAUAAAGACUUGUCAUGUGUACUCAUAGAAUGCAUUUUUGGGCAAAAGACAAAACCAACGCCCCCUGAGCCUUAUAACCAUAGAAUUUAUCUUCCUGGAUCUUUAUCUCAGAUUGUUCUCCAUGCUGCUCCAGGAUAUGAACCACUACCGAAGCCUUGUAGUUUGACCUGUGAACUAAGUGCAUCAGGGGAGCUUGCCACUAAUAGCAAUUCGUCUGUGACAGAUGAUCUGGAUACAUUAUCGGGAUCAUCAGAUAAUGAAAGUGCAUCUUGUUAUAGUUCUCAGCAUAGCAUUAGGGGUUCAAGUGGCAAUGGCAGCGGUGAUGUAACAGGUUCUGCAAGUGAAGAUGAGGGCAAUGCUGAUCCUUUAAUUCAGAUUUCUGAAGUUGCCAAUACUUAUAAAACGCAAAAUAGUGGUUCUCAGUCUGGUGCCGCUGAUUUUGGGGAAUUACUAUCAAAUAGAGCUUUAGAGUCAUGGUUAGAUGAGCAGCCUGGUUUGUCAAGUGUGAAUACUUCAGAACCAAGCAUAGUCCAUAGAUCUUCAGCAAGAAUUUCUAUUGGGGAUAUUAGAGGCCAAGUUAAACCUAAAAACUAUGCACUAUUGGAUCCUGUAAAUGGAAAUGGCUUAAAGGUGGAUUAUUCCUUCUCAUCAGAGAUCUCAAACAUCUCACCUUUACUUGUGUGUAUAGAGGUUUCCUUCAAGAACUGUUCGUCGGAACCAAUGUCCGAUAUAACUUUAGUUGAUGAAGAAUCUAGCAAAGACUUAGAUUCUGCAGACCAAGUGACAGCGAGCUCAAUAACAUCACAAGAUGAUGUGCCCACUGUGGUUCCUAUAGAAGAUAUCAUAUGUCUGGAACCUGGUCAGACAAUGACAAGAAUUCUCCAAGUUCGUUUCCAUCACCAUCUCUUGCCUCUAAAAUUGGCCUUAUAUUGCAAUGGCAAGAGGCAUCCUGUUAAACUACGGCCUGACAUUGGAUAUUUUGUGAGAGCUUUACCAAUGGACCCAGAAACCUUCGUAAAUAAGGAAUCUCAUCUCCCGGGAAUGUUUGAAUACAAACGGAGUUGCACCUUCAAGGAACACAUUAGGGAGUUAAACAAGGACGAGGGUGAAAGCUUAUUAGUGAAAGACAAGUUCCUUGAAAUUUGCCGGUGUCUAGCAUUGAAGAUGCUAAGCAAUGCAAAUCUCUUUCUUGUAUCUGUUGAUAUGCCAAUUGCAGCCAGCCUUGACGAUGCGUCAGGUUUGUGUUUACGCUUCAGUGGUGAGAUCCUUAGCACCUCAAACCCCUGCUUAAUUACUAUAACCAUCGAAGGUAAAUGUUCUGAACCACUGAAUGUGUCCGUUAAAGUGAACUGUGAAGAAACUGUAUUUGCCUUAAAUUUGUUGAACAGGGUUAUCAAUUUCUUAGCUGAGCCCUCUCUUACCCAGUUGUAGUUGGUAAGAAUGGUCAGAGCAAAACCAUGUGAUUAAUUUUGAAGAGAAAAUAGGAAAAACACUGCCGACUUCUUUUUCCAAAAUGCAAUUGUAUUUUUUUCCAUGCUGAGUUACAAGUUCCUGACCGUCCAGAUAUCUGUACAGAAACAGAACUUUGUAUAAAAGAUACGUAUUAUUCUGAGUAUGUAUUGAGCAUGCCAAUUCGUUUUGUUUGGAUA